AGAAGACGACUGGCAGCAGGGUGUGUUAUUGAUUAUUGAUUAUUUUUGGAUUAACAACUGUUGUUCUGUCGUUCACAGUGUCCUGAGAUGUACUACUAUCGCUAUGAGAACGCAGAGGUCAGCUGCUUCUACAAAUACUUGAUGUUCAGCUACAAUAUCAUCUUCUGGCUGGCUGGAGUUGCCUUUAUCGCGGUUGGUUUCUGGGCCUGGAGUGAAAAGGGAGUCCUGCUGGACCUGACCCAGGUGACCCGGCUACAUGGUUUCGACCCAGUCUGGUUGGUCCUGGUGGUCGGUGGAGUCACCUUCAUCCUGGGCUUCGCCGGCUGCGUGGGAGCUCUGAGAGAAAACAUCUGUCUGCUCAAAUUCUUCUCAGGCGUGAUCGGUCUGAUCUUCUUCCUGGAGCUGACUGCAGCCGUUCUGGCCGUGGUGUUCCAGGGUCAGGUCAGAGAAUGGAUCAACGAGUUCUUCCUGGCAAACAUCAGAGCGUACCGAGACGACAUCGACCUGCAGAACCUCAUCGACUCCCUGCAGCGCGUGAACCACUGCUGCGGUGCUCAGGAUCCGGUGGACUGGGAUCUCAACGUGUACUUCAGCUGUAACGGAACCCAUCGCAGCAGAGAGAAGUGUGGAGUUCCGUUCUCCUGCUGCAUCACGGAUCCUGCUGACUCAGUAGUGAACACGCAGUGUGGAUAUGACGUGAGGAGCAGACCGAAGAGGGAGUGGAGCGACCACAUCUACACUAAAGGCUGCAUCGUGGCGCUGGAGGACUGGUUACCUGGAAACCUGUACACCGUGGCCAUCGUGUUCAUCGUCAUCUCUCUGCUGCAGAUGGUGGGGAUCUACCUGGCCAGGACUCUGAUCUCUGACAUUGAGAAGGUCAGAUUCAGCUACUGAAGCCUCCACCUGCAGGGGGCGGGGCUUCCAUCAGCGAGGUGUGGAGCUUUUCCCAGGUGUUACUGGACCAAAUCUUUUGAGUCAGAUGUGCCUUCUUCUUUUUCUUCUUUCUUUUCCUUUCUCUUAUUCUUCGUCUUCGUCGUCAGCAGUCUCCGUCUGUUGAUGGCGUUGCCGUGGUAACUGAGAACAGACUAACACACCUGGCAGGUGAUGUCUGUCGUGAUUCUGCUGUUCUGGAAGAACGACGGCUUCUGUUGAUUUAACUGAUGUCAUGUGACUGAGCUCUGCACCAGAGAGGCCUUUUACCUGAACAGGUGUGACCUGAGGGCUGUUUACUGCUCACUGCCUGCUUCAUCACCAUCUUCAUCAUCCUCACCUGAGGUUUGUUCUUCCUCCAAUCAGCUGAUUGAUUGAUCUGCAGGUGUGGAAGUAGCAGACAGAUGAAGAGGAUGAUGAAGAUGCCUGUUCACUGGAUUCACGUUAACAAGCUGAAAUAAAGUUUAACUGAUGUGUGAAUAAAGACUUAAGGGUGUCUGACCAAUCAGAUUUAUUGAUUAAAUGUUCUGUAAAUCUGAGCCGAUCAAACAAACCAAUCAGAUUUAUUGAUUAUGUGUUCUGCUUUUCCUUUUAUUCUGAAGGAACUGUUUUAUAAAGUGAAUUUUUAUCUUUUUGUAUUUGAGAAAAUAAACGUAAACUUUGGUCUCA